GGGGGGGAGCUCGGCGGGAGCGCGGCGCCGCCGGGGGACGCCAGCGGGGCGGAGGCCGGCCUCUGGGGGUCGGGCAGGGGCCUGCGGCUCGGGUCCUGCGGCGGGGUGAGCCUCGACGACGUCGCGCUGCUGACCCGCGGGCGGCCCAGGCGCUGCGGCGUGUGCGGGAAGCGGGUGGCGCGGCGGCCGCCUGUCUUGUCGCUGGUGGAGCGCUACAGGAGGGCGACGGAGUCUGUGCACAUCCACUGCUCCCUGGCCAGGCCCAUCCUGAGCGCAGGAGCUGUGUGUACGACCUCCUGGCCAAGCCAGGAGGGCGUGGCGUACACACCUGCUGCUGGGUUCAGGAGGGGCCUGGCCGGGGAAUGGUGGAUGUGUGUGUCGCCCUUAUACAGGAGGGGCAAGGGCGAGAGUGGGCUCGCUCGGGACAGCAGCAAAUCAUGGUAGCCUUGUACACCUUCGCAGUUCCGCGCGUAGAGUGCAUUUGCGUCGACUAGUGUCUGGUAGUCGAUGAGCCGGCGCCGAUUUAGCGUCGGCUAGCGUCGACUGGUGUCGAUUCAGUGUCGAUUAGGGCCGAUUCGCAAGAACCAAGAAGAUGGUGUGGGAGGCGCCCAUAAGUUGCCACCGCAGGCUCGUGGCACGCUUCCUGGAGCACGAUCGGGCCACCUGGGCGAGGCUGCUGCGGCCUGAGUACCACUUCUUUCACAGCCGUGUCAAGACAGUUCACAAGGAGCUCUCCGAGUCGCUUGCGAUCUUGAAUGCUCUGGGCAGCCGGCUCGAGCACUUUCGGCACGUUGUGGAUCUGUGUUGCGGUAAGUCCCUUACCUCUGCAAUUCUGGCAGCCAGGCGACCAUCUGUCCAGAUCACUGCUGUGGACAUUGUCAGUCCCGAUACCGUUCCACACUACUCCGAGGCGGGCGUGUCGAGCGUCGAGUAUUUGCAGAUGGACAUCAUGUCGGACCAGUUCCCUGCCGCGCUCGCACGCCGUGCGGCGGAGGCGGGUGGGGACACCGCGGUGUUGGGAGUCCACUGCUGCGGUAGGCUCAGCAUGCGUGCCGUGGAGCUGUUCCGCGACAUGGAGGAGGUCCGCGCCUGCGUCCUCAUGCCUUGCUGCGGGGCCAACGCAACGAGCGCUCCGAGCGCAAUGGCACAUCACUACGGCGUGGGCCUCAGCGACCCGGAAUUCUACCAGAAGUGGUGUGACUACCUGCAGGCUGAUCUAGAGGGCGUGCCUGGAGCAACCGUUCACAGAGCCCCUGUGCCCGGCGUGCUGUCGCCGAAGCGCGUUGUGCUGACUGCGUGGCGAGCGCCCGGGUCUCCGCCGCCGGAGCAGUCCACGUGAGGUCGCGGCAAGAGUACUGAAUCGUUGUCGCUCCAGGCGGUGCCUCGGACAUGCAGCGGGCCCCGUGCGUCCACCUUGGCGGUGGCCUCGGACGUGGGGUGCGUCAACCUUGAAUGAACUUCGCCACCGAGUUGGAUUGACGACCGACGCUCCUGGAUCUGCACGGCGAGCACGGCGACGGUGCGUCGGGGACGCAACAACCAGUCCCGUGUCAAAGCGCCGCUUGUUCUUUCCUCCUCUUCGCUGCUCUUCGAGGCUGCUGGUCGACAGAGUGAAGGGGUGGAGCACGGAAGAGAUCUUGACCCCAGGGGCCCUCGAACCAGAGGGAGAGGGAGGAGGGCGAUUCCUCGAGGUCCUGUGAUCAGCUGGCUGCGAUCGUGAAAUCGGCCUGGCUUCGUGGCUGUGCGACCGACCUGUGUAGGAACUGCAGCCUUUCGAAGAGUUAUUGACAUAUCUGCGCAGGCCAAGUCUGACCUGCAGGUAGUGCCAACGCGCUGUUGGGUCGUAGUUCCAGCUUAAAAUGCAAUGGAUGAAGCUGGAUGCGCACACAGCUGAGAGUGCCAAUCCUCUGCAUCCAAUGCCUUUUGUACAAGGGGCGCGCAUGCAUGUGUUCAGCUUCGGCGAAGGGGAACGAGAUACUUAGGGCGGGUGAAGCUGUGGGAGCGAGGCUGCUUGCUUCCCCAUUUCGGAAGAUAUCGUGCUGUAGGGCAGAUGUUUGGAUGAUCUGCGAGCUGCAGUGCAGGAAGACCUGGAUGAGGCGUGCCCAUCUUGCUCGGACUGCUUACGUCUGUCCUGCGUUCAGAACGAUCGGAUUUAACACGUGAACUGCAUUGCCGCGCUUAUCGGUGAUCACGCGAUGCGUAUCCACCCAG